GGAAGAAGUAAUUGCUUCGUAGGUUUGCAGUAGUGGCUGUAGAUCUUUUAGGUUUUGGUGAUGAGUUCUGACAUUAGACCAAUUUCCCGCCAGCAGGCUUUGAGUUUGCAGGGUUAUAAACAAGCAUGUCACGUUAUGCUUUAUGCGCAAAGCCCAGAACGAUUGUUUGGGAAAAUUCCGAUCGGUUACGCUGUGUUGAUGCAGAUGCGAUUUGAUGGUAGGCUGGGUUUUCCAGGAGGCUUUGUGGACUUGCGAGAUCAUUCACUGGAGGGAGGCUUAAAUCGUGAGCUGUCUGAGGAGAUAGGCUACAAUAUUGACUCCUUGGGUGUGACAGAGGCUGAUUACAUGAGCUCUCAUGUGACUGAGACCCCACAAAAAAUUGUGGCACAUUUCUACACAAAGAAGCUGACACUGGCGCAGCUGCAUAACAUUGAAAUGGAUGCAGUCCAAGCGAAGGACCAUGGCACAGAGGUUAUGGGAUUGGUAAGAGUGCCCCUAUAUGUCUUGCGGGAUGGAUUUGGAGGGCUACCAGCUUUCUUGUCUAACACAUUUAUAGGCAAUGCAAGGGACCAGUUGGUGCAUGCCUUGCGGACUCUGAACUUGGUGAGGGAGGACAGACUACGUGAUGCUAUUAGAAAUAGUCAGAGAUAAGCGGCCAAUAAAAUUUUGGUGAGCACUCAAUGAAUCGCAUCCUCCAUGAAGACAGUGGAAAGUUUUCAACGCACAGAGAUGUCAUGCUUUAUUUAUUUUGUGAUGUUUUCUAUUUUCCCCAGGAACCCAUGUGGAAGUGGGAUGACUUCAGUCAUAGCUUGUUUUCGCCAAUAUUUGUACAGUUGUGUGUGUUAUUUCUGUAAGUUCGUUGUGCCUGUGUGCAGAAAAGUCUAAAAACACCUUUGCCAUUACAGCAAAACUGAUUCCAUAUAGCUUUGCUGGGAGUGGAGUGAGGGUUGGGUUGAAUUAAAGGCUUGUUUAUGGGACAGAUUUCAUCCCAUAACCAGGGUUGCAUUCUUACUAAUAUAAAGAAAUGGUGAGAACAAAAUUUAUAUUUUUUAUGGGGUCGUGGUUUUCUUUUCUGUUUGCCCUUUUUCAUUUUCUUUGCUGAUUUCCUUUAACUGGUAAGGUGUUAAGCUCUGUUUAUACCCAGAACUGCUGUUCUUUAAAGGUUUUGUUGGGUACACUGUAUUCUGAAAUUUUGUGUCCUUUGCCUUAACAUUUGUUGCUUCAGCUGGUCCCUUCAGUUUGCUUUAGUUGGGACCACUCAAGUCAAAGUUUGAUACUAGAUUUAAAGAAUUUUGCAAAAUCUUUUUUGCAACAUUUUAUUUUUACUUUAAAUCUUCCAAACACAAAGUUGAAUGUUAGUCUUGGAGCAUUAUUGGUUUCUUUUGUAUUGAACCUGAAUGCUUAUUUGAUUUGGUUUUCUAGCAUUUUUUAACAUAACAUAAUCAUGUUUGUGUGGCAUAGUAGUGCAGUGGUUACCAUUGCUUCCUCACUGCUCUCUCUUCAGUUCCUGGCUGGAGUGCUUUGUUUCCUUCCUGCUUGUGCAGGUGUCUUUACCAUCUGCUUUGGAUCAGUUCUCUGCUUUAUGCCCAUUGCUUACUGACCGAGAACUCUGCCUUCCAGCGAACCAAUAGAGCGUAGAGCUGGUAUUGGCGAAUGAAUGCACUUUAUUUCCAGUAGACUGCAGUCAACAUGUUUGGUACAUGUGCAAGUAAGUGAAGCAUCUGUCAACUUGUCAAAGGGUUUUACACAUUUUUGCAUCACUGAACAUCUUAAUGAUAUUUUUAAGAUAUGGAAACUUAAGGCUAACACUUUUUUUUUCCAGCAGAAAUAAAUUGCAAUACUGGAAGUUAUUGUCUUUAUUGUAGAGGAGUGUUGAACUAAGAAGAGAGUAAUAUAACUUUGCUGAUUGUCCCUGUAGCUGAGCUGUCCUUUAAGAACUUGCAUCUAAUCAAUGGACUGCUGUAAGAUGGCAUCUGUAGGAUGUUAUUGAUAUCAUCACCAUGGUGAGGUCAUGCUUUGAAUGGUUGGUCUUAAGUUUUGGACAUUUAAUGCACUGCAAAAAGCAGUACAAAAACUUUAAAUGCAAGGCUUACAAGUUCCGUUACCUUUGUAAAGUUGCACAUGGCUGCUGUAGCUUGUGCAUCUCUGCUCCUGACAAUUUCUCCAAUUUUUUUUGUUUACCACCUUGUACUUUAAAGUGACUGUUGCAGAGAAACUCUUUACCAUUCUAUUUAACGUUUGAGAAGGAAUUUGUAUUUGAAGUUGUAAAGUAAGCCUGAAAUAAAUUAAAAAAUGGUUAAUAAGAAA